AGGAGCGUCUCUCGUGGAGCUGGAGCCCAGGGCGGAGGCGGAGGAGGAGGAGGAGGAGGCGGAGGCAUAGGCUAAGGCGCUUUGAAAGAAGCUUAAAUGAAAAUGGUACAUGUUAGAAGACAUGAAACAAGGAAAAACUCUAAAACUCAAGUGCCUGAGCAGAAAUCUCGAGUCGAUUGGAGGCGGACUAAAAGAAAUAGUAUCUCACAGUUAUUUGAUAGUGAUGAUGACCUAGAAAGUGAUGAAGAGCUUGAUAGUGAUGAAAGUGUUGAUGAUGAAGAGCUUGAUAGUAACAAGGGGCUUGAUGGUGAUAAAACACCAGAAAAUGAAAGAGAGCUUAAAUAUAAAGUUGAAAGCGAAGGAAAAAACUAUAAGCAUCUAAUUAACACUAGAAAUAGUUUAAUAAAUGAAGAAGAAAUGAACAAAACUAAGCAUGAAAGUACUCACUUAGCAGAUUAUGAAAAGCAUCCAAACCAAGAGGACAAUGAUCUCAAACAUACUGGACAAGCAAUAGAGGAGGAUUUAGAAGAACACAUUAUGAGAGGGAAAAGAAAAAGGAUCUCUUCUGUAAUGUAUGACAGUGAUGAGAGUGAUGACAGUGAUAUCCUAAUUAGAAAAGUAGGUGUUAAACGUCCUCAAAGAGUAGUUGAGGAUGAAUGUUCUUCAGUGGAAAUGGAACAAAACAACCCUGAGAAAACAGUGGCUGCACGAAAGCGAGAACAACUCCAGAAGCUGAAAGAACUCUCAAAACAAAGAUCUCAUCAGAGACGCAAUAGUGGUAGAGAUUUUGAGGAUGAUGAAAAGGAAUCAUGCCCAAGUAGUGAUGAAGAUGAUGAUGAAGAGGAGGAGGAGGAUUAUGAAUAUGAUGAAGAUGGAGAUGAUUAUAUUAUUGAUGAUUUUGUAGUACAAGAUGAAGAGAGUGAUGAAAAUAAAAACCAACGGAGAGAACAAUUGACUACAUCACAACUGAAAUUAGUAAAACAGAAUUCUCUUUAUGGCACCAGGCAAAAAUCAUACGCACAAGACAUGUUGACAUCUCUUCAUUAUUUGGAUAGCCGCUUUGUUCAGCCUCGUCUGGAGAGUUUAGCUUCUAGAAGUCGUUGGAAAGAGCAGUAUAAGGAGCGGGUAGAAAAUUAUUCUAAUGUAAGUAUCCGUUGGAAGACUCCUGAAAACUGUUCCUGCCAGGCUUGUGGAUUGCAUCGCUACUGUAGAUUUUCAGUGCAUUUAUCAGGAAAGUUGUAUAACACCAGGACCAUGGAAACAGAUGAUUUCAUGUCACAUGAUAAACAGGUGUUUACUGUUGGCAGAAUUUGUGCUAAUCGUACCAGAAUUUAUCAUAAAUUGAAACAUUUUAAAUUCAAACUGUACCAGGAAUGUUGCUUCAUUGCAAAGACAGAAGAAGUUGAAGAUGAACAGGUUAAAGAAACAGUGGAAAGAAUUUUCAGUCAGUCAAAAGAAAAUGGGUGGAUUAAGCAGAACAGUUCUUGUGACCUGAGAGUGAAGAAGCACCUGGUGCCAAUCUGAGGAAAGGAUCUCGGCUGCCAGUUCUAAUACCACCCACGUCCUCUCCUUGAGGACAUGGGACUUAGCAGUGAGCACUGUAACUGAAGAUGGAGGGGAAUGUAGAGCUUUCAGGCCACCACACUGAUUUUGAUUCCCCCGUAUCGAUUGACCACUAGAUUUGAUAUCAAAGAUAAAGUGGGGAUUUCAAAGGGUGGAUUCCCAAAGAUGUCUUGGCAGCUCAUAACCUCUGGUCUGCCCACA